AUGAAGUCCUCCGAUAUCGAUCAGGAGUUGUUUACAGACAGUUACUGCAAGGUGUGCAGCGCACAGCUGAUAUCCGAAUCCCAGCGGGUGGCCCAUUAUGAGAGUCGAAAACAUGCAAGCAAAGUCCGACUAUAUUACAUGCUUCACCCCAGGGAUGGUGGGUGUCCUGCCAAGAGGCUCCGGGCAGAAAAUGGAAGUGACGCUGACAUGGUGGAUAAGAAUAAGUGCUGUACACUCUGUAACAUGUCCUUUACCUCAGCCGUGGUGGCCGACUCACAUUACCAAGGCAAAAUCCACGCCAAAAGGUUAAAACUGUUGCUAGGAGAGAAACCGCCAUUGAAAACCACAGCAACACCCCUGAAUUCACUUAAGGCCCCUCGGGUGGAUGCGGCUCCUGUGGUCUCAUCUCCCUAUCAAAGGAGAGACUCAGACAGAUACUGUGGCCUCUGUGCAGCCUGGUUUAAUAAUCCUUUGAUGGCCCAGCAGCAUUAUGAAGGCAAGAAACACAAAAAGAAUGCAGCACGGGUUGCCUUGCUAGAGCAGCUUGGAACGUCGCUGGAUCUGGGGGAACUGAGAGGUCUGAGGCGGACUUACAGAUGCACCAUCUGCAGUGUGUCACUCAACUCAAUAGAACAGUACCAUGCACACCUGCAAGGAUCAAAACAUCAGACCAAGUAG